AUGACUUCAUCUGGAACAGGGAAUCGAUCGAAAGGAGGGCAUAUUCAGCCUAACACUACAUAUUAUCAAAAGUCUGGAGACAUCAGGCGAUGGGUAGAGAUAAUGAGAAAGAAGCAUACAUACGUGAACCAACUCGCAGUAAUUGUAACUCUGGCAUCGUAUUGCCUCUUACUGUCUCUGUGCCCUCGUUUCACCUUCCAUGUCAAGCAGUACUUGAGCAUAUGUGUGGUUUCUGCUAUCAUAGGCCAGCAAAAGCAUGCUGCCUUCAUCACUGGGAAUGGACCGAAUGUUUGGGCACAUAUAUGGAGGGUAUGGAGGGAUAUGAAGCAAGUAGCACAUGAAACACUGCUGACAUGUUACAUUCCAAAUGUCCCUCCCUUGGACUUGCCGCCAUCGCUACAUGACUCAAACACGACUUUGGUACCCGCUCCUUGCACCCGGUGGCUCCCUGCCUUAGCUUCAAUGCUCCAGUUCGAGGCCUUCAAUCUAUGUUCCAUUGAGUGUCGACAAAUCACGCACGCGAGUGGUGGAUGGAACACUGCAGCAGCAAUGUGGGGACAGGUGACUUUUGACUGGGACUCAAGGGUGAAGAAACCAGGUCCCAGUCCCGGGUCAAGGAUGUACCUUCUUAUCAGCGAACGGGGGUGUUCUCGGUUUUACCAGGAAGGACAAGCAGCAUGCUCAGUUUCACUGGCCACAGAAGAGGUGGCUGAUGCACUUACCCUUGGAGAAGAACAACAUCAUCAGCAUCAAUCUAUGCCAGUACAUGUUCCUCCAUCAUCGAUCAUCCAAGGCAGUAACCCAUCGAUCUAUUUACCUAAACCAAACAGCGCUACCCAUCUCCCCCCAGUGUGUUCUUUCGCCAAUGCAGAUCGUGCUAAGGUCGCUACUCGCACUUCGGUAGACGACGCUCAGCAAGUCAAAGGCGACACAAGUCGAUGGGACACUUAG